AGUCGGUUGUGAAUCGUGGCGGGUGGCGGGUGUACCUUCCCUGGCUCCUCAAUACCCUCAAUAUCACUCCACACUGGCCUCUCUUUACACUUCACCCUGUACCUACAUUGCCACCUCUUCUCCCUACCACAUCCUCCACCUGACAAGUUGACCUGUGUCCAUUAUGGAUUUUACCUGAGGUUCAGGUCAUGGCAGUUAUUACACUGCAGUGGUUGGUAGCAGCGGCUACACACCACCUUGGCAUGGCAAGAAAUCGCCCUCGCUAAUUGUUCCAUCCCACGAGCUAAUGAUCAAGGAUUUUUUUAUUUCAUAAAGAUUUGCGACGUAAUUCUGUCAGAUGAAGAAAUGACUAUACAGUGGAAACCACGAGGGGUUAAAUGUUAGUGUGGACAGUUUAUCAUCAGAGGUUUAAACCGGGAAUCACCAGUAGCAAAUAUAGAAGACACCAAGGAUGCAAAUGCUGUGUUUACCAUGAUUAACUUUCUACUAGACGCCCUGAAUAUGCCAACCUCGUGCUGCUGCCUUAAAGAAGUUAUCCACUACUACGACCAUCAAGAUCCGAGAGAGUUUGCCUAUUAGACAUGAAGAGCAGGACCCGGGGCUGCUAGCGGGAGUACCUUGGUGAAGCGCACAUGAUCGUGUGAAACGAGAGCGAGGGAUUACAUGAGCAGGGGACGUAUAAGCUUCAGAGGACAAGGGAAGGCUUCGUGACGUAAUGGGUGAGGUGGCAAGCUGGCCCUCACUGGGCCGGGUGACGACUCCGGUGUCCCGAUCGACACCCACAGCCUACCCUGGUCGACUCUUGCUGGGAAGCACAGUGCCUUACUUACCUUUGUAGCCAAAAUCACAGUGCCUCACAGAUUUCGGGAUACUUCACUAUCUGGUAUUAAGACCAGUACAGUGAUGCGAAGUUCUAGUGACAUUUGGUGCUACAUCUCAAGAGCUUGUAUUUAGUGUAGGAGUGGGUACUGGCUGGUCAUAUACAUGUUAAGCCUCUUACGCUAUCCAAAAGCCUCGAAAGUUUUACAAUAAAGAAAACACAUUUGAUCGUGCAUUAUGACAGUGUAUCAGUAGUAGUAAUAAACUAACCACAUUUAUGGAAACCGUAGAGUUGAAGAACAUUGUACAUAGUUUGACCCGUUGUCGCCACGUACGGGGAAAGCAAAGCGGUUUCGAUUUUCUGGAUUGUCGGGAUGUGGAACCUAGUGGAGACCUGACGCCACACGCUGCAGCCGCAGGCCCCCACCACUGGUGGACACCCACCCACCUCCCUAAUAUAUGGCUUAAACUUCCAGUCUUACGGCCAAAGCAUCCAGACUUGCACAAGGCUUCCAGACUUACCCCCCAGGCAUUUACACCAUUAUUCAGUCUAUCCACUCCUAUAUCCAAGGUAUCGAGACGAAGCCGUGUAGUGAACGUUUCAUUAUGCAAGUGAGUAGAGAUAACACAAGGUUUAAUUUGUGAAGGUAGCCAUGGAUACGAUACCUUCCAUAAUGUAUGCUCCAUUAAACACUAAAGUCACCAGCCUACAGUCCUGCUGUCAUCGUGAGAAUCUCAGGUUGUCAGAAUGGCUGAUUAAUAGAGCGAGACCAAGAAAUACCAUCUCGUUGUUGCAAAGUGAGCUGGGGAGAUACUGCUUCUAAAAAGCUAUCCAAAGUUCAAAGUUACAUUGUUACCUUUUUUUUUUGUUUUAUAAUAGUUUAGAAACUGAUUGCACAUCGAAGUUGGCGUGACUUAAAUGUUUGUGAUAUGUGGAUGUUAGGGUGUGGUCCAAUUUAAUUGACCAAAACCACUCGUUGUAAAUAUCUGUAGUGCGUUAGUAGUGUCUUGACUAUUGUGCACUGAAUGCAAGGUGUGGACACCAACUGCUAAUUUUGUACUGCUCCACAAAUACCUCGUAAAAUAUAUAGCAUUGGAGAAGCGAUAAUGCAUUUUGAUGUGGACGACAGUCUACAUGUUUGAGCUCUGGCGCCUCGCUGGCUGUGUGAUUGUCACAGGAAAUAGUAAUAAGAAGAGACUUUCUUUUGCGUCCCUAUUUUCGUGAACAGUAUUAGUAUUAAGGAAAACGUGGCGAGGUGAUUAGAGUAAGUGUUAGCCGGGAAGAGGUAGUUAGGAUGAGUGGGGAGGAGGAGAAGACGAAGGAGAAGGAGAAGCGGGGAGUAUGGCGCUUGUGGGCGUGGGGGCGGAAGGGGCGCCGAAGAUACACUCUGAGGGACGCCCAGUCUGAGGAAGACGUGUGUCUCUACAAGGACCCCUUGCCAGUCCUUAAGAAGGCCUUUACUUCAGACGACCACCUGCUGGCAGCCUCUGACAAGACCUGCCCUCACGCCCGCUUCAACGAUAAUGACGAAAUCGAGAAGACGGAACCGACCAAGUCCGUAUGGGAGUCAUUUACCUGGCGGUGUCUCCCGGAUUCCCACGGCGCUGAGGAUGUCUCUAGCGAUACAGCCAAUACAGAAAGUGAAGCAGAAAAUAUUGAGAGCGAUACAGAAGAUUCCAAGAAAGAGGGCGCUGGGGUUCAGAAUAUCGUAGACCGGCUUAAAGCUUGCGGGGUUGGGCAUGGCCGUACCGGGGAAUUUGACUGGCCUAAUAUAGACACAUGGACCUCGCACGACCUUAGGCAGUUUCUCAUUAAUAAAGCACAACUCGAGCUGGGGGGACCUUAUGACAGCGAUAGUAUAAAUAGUAUGGAGAUGAAAUCUUACGUUCAAAAUAAAUGUAACACAAUUGGUAGCCAUCAGGUAACGCCAGCACCAGCCAUCCCCAUACCUGCGGGUGCCACGCCUCGCCCCGUGCCCCUCAGGCCCCGCGGCCGGGGCAGGAUGCUAGCCACAGCUCUGCUCAGGAGGGGUGGCAAGGCUCGUAUGGACAACCCACGAAACUCGUUACAACUUGAGCACGUCAGGAGGGAAACUUCACCACCACCACCACGAGCUCGUCUGUGGUCACUUCCAGCCAUCAUAAUCACCACCUCCGAGGACCCCACUAAGUCACCCUCUCCACCAGGUGUUGCCUCCAGCCUCUCCGACAGUAUGAACUACCUGACGGUGCCCAACACUCAUGCUCUCCGUGGCCGUCAGGACACGGAGGACACACAGAGUGAAUCAGGGGCCACCAAUGAGACCAUUCUACCUUGUGCCGAAACUGACGUCAAGACUAUAAACGGGGGUCUGGCCAGCGCCACCAAUCUAGGGUCCCUCAUGGACUUGUGGACUGGUCGGUGGCAACUGCCGGAUGAUAGCGAUUCUGAAGGCAGACCCUAUCCCUCGGGGUCUCCUCCUCCAGACCCCAGACCGCAGGCCGCCCCGGAGUACCUUCAGUAUGAAGAGUCAUUUAUGUAUGGGCGGUACUCGGCCAAUUUGGCAGAGUACGCGCGCCAGGAAGCCAAACGAAUCCGUGAGGACGACCAUCAUAAGGACGAGGUCCUUUUCUCUAAAGAACUACAGCCCUACAGAGGACGUCUUGCCAGAACCUGUAUAUCAUUCAUAAGACCAAUUUGGGACCACACCUUCGCCCGCCUGGGUGAGGACUGGGUCUUCCUCUUCAUCUUAGGCACGCUCAUGGCCACCAUCUCCUUCCUCAUUGAUGACAUCGUUCUUAUCUGUUUUGGAGGUCGGAUGUAUUUGCAAGAAUACCUGGGGAAUUUCCACUGGGCUUUACAACUGUUCUCUUGGGUCAUUAUCCCCACACUUUUGGUGAUAUUUUCUGCUGCGUUCUGCCAGUGGAUGGCACCUUCUGCUGCAGGCUCUGGCAUACCAGAGAUGAAAACUAUACUCAGGGGUGUAGUGCUUAAAGAAUACCUUACAUGGAAGACACUACUGGCCAAGAUUGUAGGUUUGGCUGCUGUGUUAGGCUCUGGUCUACCUCUUGGUAAAGAAGGGCCAGUGAUGCACAUGGCCAGUAUUAUUGCUACAAUGCUCACAAAAAUGCUACGCUACAUUAAAGGCACUAUUGAAAAUGAUGCGCGCUCUACAGAUCUUCUUGCAGCUGCCUGCACCAUGGGUGUUGCCGUUUCCUAUGCAGCUCCUAUUGGAGGUGUUCUCUUCAGCAUAGAAGUAACAACCGUAUACUUUGCUGUACGCAACUAUUGGCGUGGGUUCUUUGCUGCAGUUGUAGGGGCCAUGUUUUAUCGUCUGAUGUCAGUGUGGUUCAUGGGUGCUCAGACCAUCUUCCCGCUGUACAAAGUGGAACUAAACUACGCGUAUCCGUAUGAUGUCAUUGAGCUCCUGCCCUUCCUCUGUAUUGGCAUUAUUUGUGGCUUUGCUGGUUCCCUCUUUGUCUAUCUCCACCGAAGAUAUGUGAUGUUUAUGCGACACAACAAGACUCUUAAGAAUUUCCUCCAAAAAAAGCGCCUGCUGUAUCCUACAUUCGUUACUAUUGCUAUUUCAAUAAUGACCUUCCCACUGUGUCUGGGUCAGUUCAUGGCAGCAACUUUACCCUCAAGUAAACAGAUCUUGCAGCUCUUCAGCAAUGUUACUUGGACAGUUACAAGUGCUGAUGGAAUAAUGUCUCCUGAUCAGGAGAGCAUCUUAAAGUUCUGGGUUCCCAAUCUUGAAGGGAGCUUCCAUCUUAGCCUUUUUGUCUUCCAGAUUGUGUCUAUAUUUCAGAUAGCUGUUGCUUCAACCUUACCUGUGCCUUCUGGUAUGCUGAUUCCACUGUUUAAAGUUGGAGCAGCAUUUGGUCGUCAAAUUGGUGAAUUCAUGGCUUCACUCUACCCCAUUGGGAUUAACCCAGGUUUUCCCAUUGUACCAGGUGCCUAUGCUAUGGUGGGAGCAGCAUCCUUCUGUGCAGCGAUCACUCACACUAUUUCCAUUUCUGUGAUCGUCUUUGAGCUCACUGGACAGAUUACUUACGUAAUACCUAUAAUGAUUGGUGUUUUAAUUUCAAAUUGCAUAUCGUCACUUCUUCAACCAUCCAUAUACGACAGCAUGAUCCGCAUUAAGAAGUUGCCAUACCUUCCAGAUAUAGUUGCCACAACAUCAUCGGAUGUAUAUAACAUCUAUGUGGAAGAUAUCAUGGUGCGAGAUGUGAAGUACAUCUGGUAUGGCAUCACAUACACGGAGCUUAAGAGAAUUCUGAAAGAAAACCGCAAGCUCAAGUAUUUACCUUUGGUUGACAAGCAUGAUUCAAUGAUUCUUCUGGGCUCAAUCCAGAGGAUUGAGUUAGUACGCAUCUUGGUAGAGCAAAUAUCCUCCGAAAAGCGACGUAAAGAAGCAACUCGUAGGCACUUGGAGGCUUUGAAAUUAAAGUGGGAAGAGGAGGAUGCUGCGGGAGGACCAAAGGAAAGUCGCAUUCGCUACGAAGAUGAGGUUAAUAGUGAUGAGCCAGGAACCACACAGAGCAUCAUUCAUCGCUUCUCAAGAUCACUUAGUCGCUCACUCUCCCGUUCCAGAUCAUCUUCUAGAUCUCGGUCAGCGUCAAGAAGUCGGCAUGGAACACAUUCAAGUGACAGCGAUGAUUCCUCCACUUCCCCACCUGGAUCACCUGCAUCCACACGCUCUAAGCACGGCUCUGACUCAAUCACACCCCCUGGCUCACCUGCAACUCGCAGCCUGAAAGACUUUUCCUCCAAAUCUUCUUUGGCUCGCAAGCCUUCCAGGUUCUCUGUAAGAAAAGUUGAGAAUGGCAGUAGCAAAAUUGGAGAAGAUGGAGGCAGUAAAGACAGCAGUGAUGCCCAAGAGAAAAGCACCAAGAAGAAAGAUGCUAGUGGUAAAUUACGUAGCUCAUCAAGGUCCAAGAAAGACUCUUCCCCAGAUAAGAUUCCAGGGAAGAGAAGAGCCACUUUACAGAGAUCAAACUCUCUUGAUACUGCUGCUUUCAGAUCAAUAAGCCAAGAGGAUAUCAGGGAUUCAAAGAAGACUUCAGAUGUACUGUCACCCAAGAAGGGGAUCUUGAAACGUCGCAACUCAUUCAGUUUAGGCAUGACAUCAUCUCCAGACACUUCUGCAUCUGAAACACAUUACCAAACAAUAACUGUUGGAGACACAAGACUUCGCUCUGCCUUUGAGAAAGUAAGACGAAUGAGGAUGGAAACUGCAAGCUCCAUGGAAUUGAAACUUUCUCAGCUUUCCUUGUUCAAGUCAAAGAAGAAGGAUCAGAAUGCUAAAAAGCCUCAGCUGGAUUUGUCAGACGAGGAGAGAUCUAUAUGGGAGAUGAUGGAACUAGCUAAGGAGGUGGACUUCAGCAAAUGUCACAUUGACCCUGCACCAUUCCAGUUGGUUGAAAGAACAUCCCUCUUACGUGUCCACUCCAUGUUUUCUAUGUUGGGUAUCAACCAUGCAUAUGUCACUGCAAUUGGACGACUCAUAGGAGUUUUAGCUUUAAAGGAGGUUCGUAUGGCCAUUGACGGACAGUAUGUUGGCCAGGCCCAGAGUACAACCCCACAAGCCAGCUUACCCAACACACCCACAUCACCAAUGCGAUCUUCGAUUGGGUCAAGUGUCUCGCCUCAGAGACUUGGACCUCUCAGCACUGUACAGCUUUCUGACCCUGAAGCAGGAAUGGUUUCCAAUAGAGGUUCUAGAGCUCAGCUGAUUAAUUACCCAAAUGGACACUCUUACAGCUGAGAGAGAGAGAAUUUAGUGGAUUGAGUGAAUUUUUAAUAAUUUUUAAAUGAAUCCCCCCCAACCCCCUGUGAUCUGUGAUCUUACCUGUGGACAGUGGUUAUUUUAUACGAGUUGGUAUCUCACACGAUUAGUAUCUGAUAGUAUCCUUUCAAGUUAGAUAUCGAUAUAUAUUGUUGAAUACUGUAUAUUGUAAUUUUACCAAAGUUGAGGACAUUCCAGUAUUAUAUUGAAUUGAUUCUCAGAAUGAGAAUUAACAAUAUUUCAUUGAGCAGUGCAUGUCUAGGGUAUUUUAUUUUUUAUAUUUUUAAAGAAUUUAAAUUUUUUUUUUUUUUUUUUUUUUCAUUUUUAAACCAUCUUUCCAAAUGCUCACCCCAGAUCUCAAAAAGAAAAAAAUCCAGUUAGUGUAAUUUUUUAAACAUAGUUUAAUAUGUUAGAUAAAUUAUACUUACUGGGUUUAUGUAGAUAUUUUUAAAUAGUUUAGUUUUACCAAAUAGCAAAGCAAAUUCCUCUUGACAAAUUGUUGCCCCAGACAUGUGCCUGUUACACCCAAUUUUUGAAAACUGUACUGGGUAUUUUUAUGCUGCAACUAUUUGCCUGUUACUACACAUUUUUGUAUAAUUAUCAUUUUUUCUACUUUUAAAAUUAUAUUGAAUUGAUUGGCAAUUGAUUCAGCAAGGGUCAUCACUUACCAAGUUUUCUUGGGAAAAAAUUUUAUAUAGCCACCAAGAUUAUAACAAAAAUUAAUACUGUAGCACUCGGUAGUGUGCACAGUUCAUGUGACAUUUAGACAUUGUCAUAUUUGAAGCAUAUAACCAAUUGGUUACUGAUGAAAUUUGACAUGCGAAGUCAAAUGGCAUCUUUUAGGCUAUUGGGGGAGGAGAGCUUUCUGUGAUAAAGACUAUAAAAGCAUUAGGCAUACAAUAUUUGUGAAGUAGGAAGUGCCACAUUAAAGUAUCAGUACUUUAAUUGCUAAGUAAUUAUUUGUAAUUUAUUUAUAGCUUUGUAAUGUGAUACUAUUACAGUACUAAAAACUUUUUUUUUUUGUAAGAUAUCAGCGAGUGCUAUUGGCAUAAUAAUCUUAAUUUCAUUACCCAUUAAGUGAUUUUUAGGCAAUUCAUUUUAUGUUCAUCUGUUCAUACGUGAAGUGUGUUCCUAAGCGCAGAGCAUCAUGUAAUUAUUUUCACAAAAAACUAAACUCGGCUUAGGAAGUACAUAUUUUAAUAUAUAUACAUUAUAUAUAUAUAUAUAUCUAUAUAUAUAAAAAUAUUAUAAAACCUAUUUCUAACUACAUGUGAAUCUCAAGUUUGUUAUUACAUGUGUAUUGUAUAUAAAA